CAUAAACCCUCCUCCUCUCUCUCUCUCUCUCUCUCUCUCUCUCUACAUUUCGACCUUUCGAGUGCUCUCGCGAUUUUAUUUAUUUAUUUAUUUUUUUGUGUUUUUGGGUUGUGGGGAGAGGGGUUUGGAAAUGGCGAAAUGCGAGGAAUUGGUUCGAAUUUUGAGCCCGUUUUUCCACCAUCUACGGAGGAUGGAGACCGAGCUCAAAUGCUCCAUUUGCUUAAACUUGCUAAAAAUACCAACAUUGCUACCUUGCAAUCACUUGUUUUGUGGUGAUUGUAUUCAUCGGCAGAUGGAACAAAGUGCAAAAUGUCCAGCUUGCAACUGUACUUUUCUCGACAAAGAUGUUAGACAUUCUGUUCACAUGGGAGCUAUGGUAAAUAUUUUCAGAGAUAUGGACUCUUCUAUUGCUGAUAUCUGUCAAGAAAGACGAUCUCACAAUAGUGAACCCACUAGACAACGCGACUCUUCAGCAACCAUACCUGGUUUAAUGGAGGGAAACAAUUUAUCAUCAGCGAAGGUUGAGUUUGAGAAAAUUGAAACACAUACGACAAGAGAAACCACAUUGCCUUCUUGCAAGGAUCUUUCGACUUCUGAGUCCCAACUAUCUGAUAGACAAAAUAGUAUGCUGAAAAAGAGGUGUCAAACCAAAGAGGUUGUUAAAGGCCCAAAGAGAACUAAGCAAGAAAAGGUGAAGAAUUUCCAAUGCGGGCAGGUUAAUAAGCAACCACUGUGUACGCCUACUAAAUUGUACGUUGACGAAUGUGUAUUUUGCCAUACAUUUAGGACCACUGAGGCUUCUGGUCCGAUGCUGUGUUAUGUAAAUGGAGAGCUGGUAGCAGCUGAAGAAGCCAAUCACUCCAAUGUCAUGCAUGUUCAUCAGAAAUGUUUUGACUGGUCCCCCCAAAUAUAUUUUUCCGGUGAUACUGUUAUAAACUUCGAGGUUGAACUGGCACGUGCGUCACAGAUAAAAUGCAGCAAAUGUGGGCUGAAUGGAGCAGCUCUCGGCUGUUAUUACAAGAGCUGUAGGAAGAGCUUUCAUGUUCCGUGUGCUAUUGACAUUCCGGAUUGUCGUUGGGAUUGUAAAAAUUUCCAUGUUCUCUGUCCUUCUCAUUCAUCUAAGAAAUUACCUUGUGAUGAAGACUCUAUGAAGAUGGUUGAAAAUAAUUGUUCCUCGUCCACUCAGAUGAACCCUUCUAAUGAGGAAGGACAGCGAAGCGGUCAAGUCUCUGAACUCAAACUUAAUCGUCCUAAUGAAUGGAUAUUACUGGGAUCUGCUCUCACUCAAUCAGAGAAGGAUCUUCUUAGUAAAUUUGCAAUUUUGACUGGUGCAACCAUGGUGAAAAAUUGGAGACAAAAUGUUACUCAUGUUAUCACAUCCACGGACGGCAGAGUCGCAUGCAGAAGAUCACACAAGGUCCUCAUGGCUAUAUUGCAUGGAAAAUGGGUGGUUAGAAUGACAUGGGUCGAGGCCUGCAUGGAAUCUGGACACCCAGUUUCCGAAGAGCCGUUUGAAGUCGCCUUUGAUCUCCAUGGAUCCUUCGAUGGGCCCAAAAAGGGAAGAAUCAGGGCUAUGGAAAAGGCACCGAAGUUAUUCGCAGGACUAAGUUUUUGUCUCAGCGACUACAUAGUUCCUUUGUAUAAGGUCUGCCUCGAGGACCUCGGAGUGGCGGCCGGUGGAAAAAUCCUUGGAGUAAUCAAUUUGUUAGCGUCGGGCUCAACUGCGAAUGGAUCUUCUCCAGAAUUAUACUUUGUUUACAAUGAAGACCCUCCGAAUGAAUGCAGUACAGGCAAUCUUAUCAAGGUUAAGGAGGAAAGGGUCAAGGAGGCCGCCGACCUCGCGAAAAUCACCGGUGCUCAGGUUAUUGGGCAUAUAAAGUUCCUGAACGCAAUCGCGUCUCUCGAUGCGCGAUUUCUUACUGAGGAAAAAUGUCAAGCAUCUGAUAUCUUGGUUGUGGAUAUUGAAGAUGAUUGAACAUGAAAUCUUUUUUUUUCUUUUUCUUUUUCUUUUUCUUUUCCUUUUUGGUUGUUUUGUUUUUUCAUUUUUGUUCUCAAUUUUGUGACUGCCUAAUUAUGCCAUUUUUGUUGGAUUGGCUCUGUACCUAGUUUAUAGUGCUAUAUAUAUAUAUACUCUUCCAAAGUA